AUGGCCGAGGAACAAAACCAAGCAGACAAGCAACGGACGUUGCAAGAUUAUUUCAAGCCCAUGGUGAACGAGAAUUAUUCGGGCAUCCAACGUCAACAAGUCAAUGCCAACAACUUCGAGCUCAAGACGGCCCUGGUCAACAUGGUCCAGCAGAACCAAUAUGGAGGCUUGCCGCACGAGGAUCCCAAUAUCCAUUUGGCCACUUUUCUGGAGAUUUGUGACACAGUGAAAAUUAAUGGAGUGAGAGCCGAGAUCAUCCGUUUGAAACUCUUCCCAUUCUCCUUGCGAGAUCGGUCUCGGUCAUGGCUUCAAUCUUUACCAUCAGGGAGUGUAGCCACAUGGGAGGACAUGGCCCAAACGUUCUGCAUCAAAUUCUUCCUGCCCUCCAAGACGUCUCAACUGAGGGCCGAGAUUACUCAAUUUCAGCAGUUUGAGUAUGAACAAUUAUAUGAGGCGUGGGAACGGUUUAAAGAGAUGCUCCGUAAGUGCCCUCAACACGGUAUUGAGGAUUGGUUCCAAGUUCAACUUUUCUACAAUGGGCUUACUGGGAAAACUAAGGCCCAUAUUGAUGCAGUGGCCGGUGGAACCAUCUUGUCAAAGACACCCGGGGAUGCACUCAAUCUCUUUGAGGACAUGGCAAUGAAUAGUUGUCAAUGGAAAAACGAGCAGUCCACUGUAAAGAGAGUGGCAGGAAUUUAUGAUGUGGAUCAAACGACGUCUCUCAUGGCUCAAAUGGCACUCUUGACUAAUCAAAUCCAGGGACUUACCGCAGCCAAUGCUAAUGGUAAUCAAGAAGCUGUAAAGAUGGCACAAGCUUCGAGCUCAAGUGAUUCAUAUGAUGAACAAUGUCACUUCCUCAACCGUAGCUACAAUUUUAGGCCCAACAACAACUUACCGACAUACUAUCAUCCCGGGCUCCGCAACCAUGAGAAUUUAUCUUAUGCCAACAACCGGAAUGUUUUACAACCAACCCUGGAGUCGAGUAAACUGGAAAUGGAAAAGCAUUCCUCAUCACUUGAAGAGCUUUUGAAGACGUAUAUUGUGGACUCUAAGGCUCAUCUUGAUCAACAUGACACUCGUCUCAACAACAUUGAAACUCACUGCACCAAUUUGGGAGGCACGAUGAAGGCACUAGAAACACAAGUUGGCCAAUUGGCUAAUGUUAUAAAAGGGCAAUCAUCAUGGUCUUUCCCGAGCGACACCGAGAAGAACCUAAAGGAGUGCAAGGCCAUCAUAUUGAGGAGUGGCAAAGAGCUUGAAGGCCUGAGUGUUCAAAAAGCCAUGGUUGAUGAUGAGCUUACCAAGAGCAAUGACAACGGUAAGGAUAAGUCAAUAGAGGAAAACCUAAAGGCCAAGAAGGAAACACCGGUAGUUAGACCAGGUUCGAUCACUUUUCUGGAUAAUCCACCUCGUAUCACUCCCCCAUUGCCAUUCCCUCAACGGUUCCAGAAGAAGGCGCUUGACGAGCAAUUUGAGAAAUUUCUCAAUAUCUUCAAGAGGAUCCACAUCAACAUCCCUUUCGUGGAUGCUCUCAAGCAAAUGCCAAACUAUGCCAAAUUUAUGAAAGAGGUUAUGUCCAAGAAGCGCAAACUCGAGGACUCUGAGACAGGGAAGCUUACAGAAGAAUGUAGCGCUAUCAUAAAGAGACAACUACCGGAGAAAUUGAAGGAUCCGGGAAGUUUUACCAUCCCAUGUACAAUUGGCAAGUCAACUUUUGAGAAAGCUCUUUGCGACCUAGGAGCUAGCAUAAAUCUCAUGCCUUUGUCAGUGUUUCGAAAACUUGGGCCUGGAGAGGUCACCCCUACAACCAUCUCCUUGCAAAUGGCGGAUAGGUCCAUUACCUACCCAUGGGGAAUCAUUGAAGACAUAUUGGUAAAGGUGGAUAAGUUCAUCCUCCCGGUUGAUUUUGUAGUUUUGGACAUGGAAGAAGAUCAGGAAACCCCCAUUAUCCUUGGAAGGCCUUUCCUAGCUACCAGAAGGGAUUUAAUAGAUGUGCACAGUGGGAACUUGACUCUAAGGGUCAAUGAGGAGAAAGCCAUCUUCAACAUCUUAAAUCCCAAGAGGUCUCCGCAAGAAAAGCCGACAUGCAACCGAGUGGAGGAAUUGAAAUCUUGUAUCAAGGAGUUCACUCAAGAAGUUAUGCCGAAAGAUUCUUUGGGGAAUGGUCCUACCAAUUCCCUAACCAUAAAAAAAUUGAGCAAUGACAUUGUCCCAAGAAAGAUGAUGCGGGGGAGUAUAUUGUUAAGAGGGCUGAAGCCAUUGCCACCCCGAUGA